CUUGGGCGGGUCACGUGACGCGGGCGCCGCUGCUGACCCGGCGGGUGCCGGUGUUGGUGCCGGUGUCGGUGCCCCAGCCCGAGCCGUGCCGUCCGGCCCCUCCCUCCCUGCCCGCGGGCGCGGGAGCCGGCGUGAGGCGGAGUCUGCGGCAGAUCUCCGGAGACAGCGAUUUAAAACACAUCCCCGGCGCCGCCCGCGGAGCCGCCGCCGCCGCAGCAGCGCAGAGGCAGGACGCCCCGAGCCGCACUCGCCACCGCCGCCACCAUGGGUACCCCCGCCGCUGUCGCCGGGCCGGGCCGCGUGCUGGGCCUCGUGUCCAGCGUCGUCAACGACACGCUCGAGUUCUACCAGUGGUCCUGGAGCAUCCGAGAUAAACGUGUUGAUAAUUGGCCCUUGAUGCAGUCCCCAAUUCCGACACUGAUUAUAAGCACUCUAUACCUCCUCACUGUGUGGCUGGGCCCCAAAUGGAUGAAGACAAGAGAACCCUUCCAGUUGCGCAACAUGCUGGUUUUCUACAAUUUUGGAAUGGUUCUACUUAACUUCUAUAUUUUCAAAGAGCUAUUCCUGGCAUCAAGAGCUCGAGGAUACAGCUAUAUCUGCCAGACUGUGGAUUAUUCAGAUAAUGUUUACGAAGUCAGGAUAGCUUCUGCUUUAUGGUGGUACUAUGUCUCCAAAGGAAUUGAAUACUUGGACACAGUAUUUUUCAUCCUGCGGAAGAAAUUUAACCAAAUCAGUUUCCUUCAUGUUUAUCAUCAUUGCACCAUGUUCACCUUGUGGUGGAUUGGAAUCAAGUGGGUUGCAGGAGGACAAUCUUUUUUUGGAGCUCAUAUAAAUGCAUUUAUUCAUGUUGUUAUGUACAUGUACUAUGGAUUAGCUGCCUGUGGCCCUAAAGUUAGGAAGUACCUCUGGUGGAAACGAUACUUGACCAUACUACAAUUGGUUCAGUUCCAUGUGACUCUUGGCCAUACAGCCUGGUCUAUUUAUAUUGGUUGUCCCUUUCCCAAAUGGAUGCACUGGGGUGUAAUUUUCUAUGCUGUCACCUUCAUUUUCUUGUUUGGCAACUUCUACUAUCGGACAUAUAAACUACCCACAGCGCCUGUAGAGAAUGGCAAAAUAGCGAAUGGUGCUGUUGCAAAUGGUGUAAUCAAAUCGGAAAACAAUCUAGUGGCGGAAAAUGGAAAGAAGCAGAAAAAGGGAAAAGCAAAAGGAGAGUAACCUGAUCCAGGCCUUAACCCUUGCUGUCAAUGAUGAACCUCCAGUUUGAUUUAAGGAAAAUGUUUAAAAAUAAACACUAUCGAUCUGUACCCGUUAACCCUUAGGUUACUGGAAAGCUAGAACACACAGAUAUUUUCAUUAUUUAUGAAGAUUGUUUUAACAACAACACUUCAAAUUAAAUUUCUAUUGUAAUUAUGUAAUUAUCGAGCAUAUGAUCUCUGUGUAAACUUUAUAGAUGGCUGGUGUUGGUGAGUGUAAGAAAGAAUUGCAGUAAAUAACAUGUUUUAGCAGUCCAGAAGUUGAUCCUACCAUUGAUGGGACUGAUUUGUAGCAGUCCACAUUUCUAGCGGGGAAAAGGUUGCUUUGGAAUACUUAUGUUUCUGCCAGAAAUUUAUUAAAUUUCAAAUUAUGAUUGUGUAUUACCUGAUUAGAAUAUGCAGUUUUCUUGUCUUCACUAGAAAUAUCUCAAGAUACAGUUAUGUCUGUGUGUUAUUAGAACAGACUGUUGAAUUUUCACGUUACCCUUGUUUUGAUUUAAUGUCUGUUACAGUUUUUCCUGUGUGGAAAUAUACCUACCUCUUCACGUGCUGAAAGCAACAUUUAACAUUAAAUAACUUCAAUUUCUGAAGUAUGGAGUCCUCCAAGACAAAUAUGAGAUGCAAUUUGGAGAGAGCUGGGGUAGGAAGGGGACCAUUUCUUUUAAAAUCAUCUCCCUUUUCAAUACAAAUGUGACUUUGGGAUGUGAAUUUGAAUGUGAUUUAGUGGAGAUGACCUUUUUAAAUGUAUUUAUAAAUACAAUAUUUAUGACAGUCGAUCUGAUGAAAACUAAAGUAGUUUUGCCCGCCUGCUUAAAAUCUGUGGUGCUAAUUUAUAUGCUACUGCAAAUGAUUAGGUGGUGUUAUAAUGAGGUUGAAAUUAUACUAUAAGUGAAAUCACGUUUGCAAACACCGUUUCUUAUGUCAAAUAAAACAGAACAGAGGUGUUUUCAGUGUAAGUUGUAGGUUCUAAAACUGUUUGCUCACCCACAAAUUGGACGUGCUACUUCAUACCGUAAUGACUGCAAGCAACUUACCGAUUUAAACAUACACUGGAUGUAGACAAGUAUUGUCUUUGUCAGGCCAGUACAGGUAGGUUAGUUGUUGAGAUUUCAUUCUUUCAAUAUUCCUGGCUCUUGUCACUUUAACAUAUAGGUUACUUUUCCAAUUACUGUUUAGUCAAAACUACUGUAAUAAGACAAAAUGGCUUUUUACAAUUCCUUUCUGCUCAGAACACUUCAUAACUGUUAACUGAUUAAAUUAUGUUACCAUUCUAUGACGAAAAUAUUUUAUUUGCAUUUGUAUUUUGUGGGUGCUACAACAUAGACAAUUUGUUACUUUUCAUAACUCAAAAUGAAUAUAAGGCAGUUUUCAAACUUGACCAGGUCUCAUAACUUCCAAUUCACUACACUUAACUACAAGAGCUGACUGGCUGUUUUCUAAAUAAAUUCUUUACAGUUGUGGUCAAAAACAAGUUCAUCACAUAGUGUAUCUUACAUCAGGAAAAAUGUGAUGUGUAAAGUUUGUGUAUAGAAUGUAAAAUAUUCAGCACAAUUACAAUUUUUUCAUCUUAGUUAUCCUUCCUGCCUAUUAUAAAUAAUAGGCAAAAGGAAUCUACAGCCUUGAUUUAUUGUGGGGGUUUUUAUCUUUUAUCCUUUUACUCAAAACUGAAUGCAAAUCCUAAGUAGUUCAGGAGAAAAAGCAAUUUUGACUAAAUCCAUAAUACUUGAAACAAUUACUGGUUAAACCGGAAAAUGGGUCUUCAGUAAGAAGCCUGUGUUGUAGGUUACAUGGCAGGAAACUAGUUUACCAGGGCAGAGUAACUCUAUUGGACUGUAACUGGCCUGUUACCAUUAAUUAUCUUAUCUGCUUAGUCUUGUGGGUUACCAGUCUUGAUGCUUUCAGGUAAAAAAUAAAACGUAUUACAUUUGUAAAAAUGUGUCUUAUGCAUUGGUGUAUGUGCAAGGGAAAAGAGUCAAUACCCUUUUAAAAAAAAACUUGCAUGUAUUUUCUCUGUUUGUAGGAAACUAGCACUUUUUCUUGUAUGACUUUUUUCUUCCUUUAUUUUUAAAAAAGAUUAGAUAAAAUAAGCAUAAAUUCAGCAGCUUCUGCCACAGGGCUUUUUUCCUUGAUCCAUUUCUUGUUUGACCAUGUGAUUUAGUCCUGUUUUGAGCUUGAAUAUAAUGUCACAUUCAUGGCACACUUCUGCAGUUUGAGGAAUAGCAUAGCAUGGCUGCGAGUGGAAUACUUCUUUUGUUAUGACUGAGCAACCAGUGUCAUGGAAAUUGACAGAGCUAACAAUAUACAACUACUUCUCUUUCCCCAGAUAUCAGUCAGGCACAAGGUAGGCACUCCAGAUUCUCCUUGUUUUUCCUAUUUUGCAGCUUGUGUGGUUACCAAGUCUGCACAGUUUGGGCCCAGGGGUAAUAAGAAUAUGUAAAAGUCUGUGUAUUAUAGAUAUGCAAUCAAAACUCGAGUACCAAAAAACUUGCAUGAUAAAAUUUUCUUACUAUGU